UGCCCAGACGGUUCUGAUGAGAAGAACUGUUUUGACUGCCAGCCGGGGAACUUCCACUGUGACACCAACCUGUGUAUCUUCGAGACGUGGCACUGUGAUGGCCAGGAGGACUGUCUGGAUGGUAGUGACGAGAGAGACUGUUUGGGAGCUGUACCCAGGAAGGUGAUCACUGCUGCCCUGAUUGGUUCUCUUGUCUGUGGCCUCCUCCUUGUCAUCGCUCUGGGCUGUGCCUUCAAACUCUACUCCCUCCGGACAAGAGAGUACAGAGCAUUUGAGACCCAGAUGACCCGUCUGGAGGCGGAGUUUGUUCAGAGAGAGGCUCCGCCCUCCUAUGGUCAGCUGAUCGCCCAGGGCCUCAUCCCUCCGGUGGAGGACUUCCCUGUGUACAACCCCACUCAGGUAACGUCUGGUUUCACUGCUACAGUCUCUGUAUUAUAG